UCCUGAUAUUACCCUGAUCUUACCUGCUAUCUUUCGCUAUUUUCGGCGCUCUUCCGAGUACAUACUAUUGUACAUAAAGGCUUAUAUUCGACCUCCCGUUUCAGGUUAUGCGUGUCCUCGUUUCACAGAUACGAGCUGCCAAGGAAGACCUGAAUCUACACAAUCAGGCCCGAAAAUCGUUCGGUUCAGUUGCAGGUCGACUGCCGAGCAGAAGGAGUCGCUGUUCGUGAAUACUCGAAUAGCUCGGUGAUCGGGGUCCAGCCCAAGGCCGUUAGUUCCUCCCAUUUCCCUGCGGCGAUAUCGAAGAGUAAGAGAAACGUUGGUAGGGGACAGAAUUUCGCCCCGUGAGAGAAAUCCGUCCACUCUAAAACUUCCGUUGCUUGGAGCUGCGACUCGGAUUAAAAUGAUCGGCAGAGUUUCGCUUCAAAUUCGAAGCCAGGGAGACCUGGGAAGAGUCUUCAGGAGCUUCAGCGUUUCCGUUCCUCGUCGACACACAUCCGUAUUCGGGAACGAAGGCGAUUCCGAGGCUUCCCGGAAAUCUCCGAGGAUACUGAUAACAGGUGGCCUUGGACAGCUGGGCAUCGAAUGCGCGAAGUGUCUCCGGAAGAUCUACGGAAGAGACAACGUUAUCCUCUCUGACAUCAUUAAGCCUUCCGAUAACGUUACCCAGGACGAACCUUUCGCCUUUGCGGACAUCCUUGAUUUCAAAGGACUGCAGAAAAUCGUGGUGAACGAGAGGAUCGACUGGCUCAUCCACUUCAGUGCUCUUCUCAGCGCCAUUGGAGAACAGAAUGUACCUCUGGCUAUUAAGGUCAAUAUCGAAGGCAUGCACAACGUCAUGGAGUUGGCUAAGCAGUAUCGACUGAGAAUCUUCGUACCUUCGACCAUCGGCGCGUUUGGUCCUGACUCUCCCAGGAAUCCGACUCCAAAUAUCACGAUUCAACGUCCUCGGACAAUUUAUGGGGUCAGCAAGGUCCACGCGGAACUCUUGGGGGAAUAUUAUCACCAUAGGUUUGGCCUGGAUUUUCGCUGUUUACGGUUUCCAGGAGUCAUCAGCUGUGACCCACCGGGCGGCGGAACUACCGAUUACGCAGUCGCGGUGUUUCACGAAGGGUUGCAAAAUAAAAAAUACGAGUGCUACCUAAAACCGAAGACUCGUUUGCCCAUGAUGUACAUCGAAGACUGUUUGUCGGCCCUCGUCAAGUUCCUAAACACGCCUAACGAGCGAUUAAGAAGAAGAGUUUAUAACGUCUCGGCGAUGAGCUUCACUCCUGAAGAAUUGUUCGAAAAGCUGAAGCAACACGUUCCCGAUCUGGAUAUUACGUACAAACCAGACAAGCGACAGCUGAUAGCUGAUACGUGGCCGCAAGUUUUCGAUGACAGCGAGGCUCGCAAAGAUUGGGGAUGGCAGCAUAAAUAUGAUCUUGACAGACUCGUUCAAAGCAUGAUUAGAGACGUUACCGAGAAUUACAUACCAAAGUACCAGACUUUGAAAAAAGUUCACAGCUACGUGUAAUGGUCGAAGAAACAUAAAGUGAAACGAAUACUCUGACAAGCUGUUCUCACGUGGAUAUCUGAAACCGAUACUACUACUUAAAAACGUAUUUAGCAGAAAUGUAAUCUUUUUUUAAAACAUUGCUUAUCAUUUUUAGUGAAGUUUCACCUAUGUCUGGCUGAUGCAUCGGCUGAAAAAUAAGUGAUUAGUUUUUUAAGGUAUAAUUUAAUUACCAUAUUGUCUCCCAAUCGCAUGGAAUUUUGCUCAUAAAUAUUUAUUCACAUUAAAUUGUAAUAUGAAAACUUCUGUAAAACUAUUUAUAUGGA